AUGACAUCUUUGUCUUCAACCUAGCAAAAGCAAACUACUCAUCCAUUGACGAAGAAGCCCUGUGCGUAAUCUUGGUGAAGAAGAAACUUGGAAGAGUCAUGAUGGUAGAAACCACGAAGGCUGCUUCUGCGUGCUGUGUGACUGAUGAUAUUGUUGUUACCGGAACCCAAUUGUCGGACGCAAAUAGGGACCCAUGGCUUCGAUGAUAUGGUUGAGAAGCUGCUCCGUCGCAGUCAGACAGAGAGGGAGGGAGAGAGACAGGGAAGCCAUCCAAAGUUGAAGAGAAAAGUCAUGGCUUAUCUGGAUCAAUGGCGUGUGGAUAACUCCUACUUGGGGGCUUCCCUAUAAGGAAGCAGAUGGCGAUGCCCUGUUUUGGUAGAUACACUAAGAAUGAGUUCGCUGCGAGCUUCCUCCUCCAAACUUGUGUGGGUGGCCGCUUUGGUCGUGUCACUCAUGGCCUUGUGUGAGGCGCAGCUCUCGCCUAACUACUACGACAAGACCUGCCCACAGGUGCUGCCAACCGUCAAGAAAGCCACCGGUACGGCGAUCGCUCGAGAGCAUCGUAUGGCCGCGUCCCUCCUCCGCCUCCAUUUCCAUGACUGCUUUGUUCAGGGUUGUGACGCGUCCAUCUUGCUGAACGAUGCGGCGGGCAUCGUGAGCGAGAAGAACGCACGUCAAAACUUCAGAUCUGCGAGAGGAUACGAAGUGAUCGACGGCAUAAAGUCGGCCGUGGAGAAGGUGUGUCCGGGCGUCGUGUCUUGUGCUGAUAUCCUUGCCAUCGUUGCACGAGACUCCUCCGUAUACGUGGGUGGGCCUUCAUGGAAGGUGAAGCUCGGAAGAAGAGACUCCACCACCGCCAGCAAAGAUCUGGCAGAGCAAAACCUGCCAAUAGCCUUCGACGACCUCGACACGCUCACCUCCGUGUUCGCGCGGCAAGGACUCAGCCUCAAAGACAUGGUCGUCCUCUCAGGAUCGCACACCAUCGGGCUGGCUCAGUGCGCCACCUUCCGGGGGAGGAUAUACAACGAGACGAACAUCGACGCGGGAUUCGCCAGGACGCGGCAGCGCCGGUGCCCUCCGACCGCCGGCAAUGGUGACACCAACCUGGCCCCGCUUGACCUGGUCACCCCCGGCUCCUUCGACAACAACUACUACAAGAACCUGCUGAGAAAGAAGGGCCUGCUGCACUCGGACCAGCUCCUCUUCAACGGCGGGUCUACCGACGCCACGGUGGUGGCGUACAGCAAGGACCAGGCGGCUUUCUUCGCCGACUUCGCGGCUGCCAUGGUGAAGAUGGGCGACAUCAGCCCCCUCACUGGCUCCGCCGGGGAGGUCAGGAAGGUCUGCAGCGUGGUGAACUAAGCGCUGUUAUCCUCUCUCUCUCUCUCUCUCUCACUCUGUGUGUGUGUGUGUGUGUGUACGUCAGAUGCGUCCAAAUGGGAUGGACUGUGUCUUAUACGUUGUCGGUGUUUGGAUUGCCUCGCUAUCGACGUUUCGGUCGAUGCAAUGCAAAUGGUUUCUUCGCGAAGCCCAUAUGUUUGCUAUCAAUAAUGAAGUCCACGUUGAUCUAAAGAACACAUAAUCUAUUGAUUGUAUUGUAUUCGAUUAACUAAUCUAUUUUAUUCAA